AUGUUUGAAGAAUUCGUUGUCUUGCGAUUGGAUACUGCGACGGUGGAGACUGUGUUUUACCAAAUGCGCGAGUCAGUCAUGGCAAUCUACGCCUUUGUGGGUGUUCCGUGGGUCGUCCCGUCUUGCCUGGGGAUUGUGGACGUCCUCCAACAGAACGGUUUGGAACAUAUUGCAAAGAAAACAUUUCGGUACGAUUGGCUAGUGUUUGGAAGGAGCAAAAGGCGCUUGCUAACUGAUUCUCAAAGCGAUCCAAUUGAUGUGGAUUCUCUCCUCCUCACGGGCAAGGACGUUGUGGUUAACACCUAUCGUGGUGUCAAUAAUAAUGAAGUUCGCGAUAUGCUUUCAAUUGGAUUUCCUGAGAUGAGUAUGUCACUCCACUAG